UAAAAUUAUGAUUAAACUAAUAAUUAAUUGUAGAGAGGACUUUCCAUGGUUUUUUCAUUAAUUGAUUGUGGUGUUCUCUCUUGAUUCAUAUAUCAUUUAUGCUAAGUAAAAUUAACAAUUAAGUAUGCAUGCUCGCGUAUCGUUACUUGAAUUUAAUCAUACGAGAUGAGAAGAAUAGUAAUUAAUCAGAAUAUCGCCAAUUGUUUUUACGUCUGAUAUCAAAGAAUGCCUGCUAAUCUUGUAAACAUAACCUCACUUUUCAAAAAAUCAAUAAUUUAUUCUAGCAGAUAAAUGUGCUUCAAGAAUAUUUAAGUGCUAUUUCAUUAAAUAUUUCAUCCCAGUUUUCUUCUCGUUUCGAUAGUUUUUUCAGCAUUUUGAUAUAUCUCUAAUUACUAUAAAUGUAAUAAUCGUGAAAUUGUCUGUUAGUUUCUUUGGACUUGGAAAAAAAAGUUUCCAAUAUUCUUCAAAAUAUUUAUUUUUAUGAUGUAAUAUUAAGAAGUACUCGUGUUAUAAUUUUUAUUAACAUGAGAAAUAUAAAAAUAAGUAGGUGAAUAAUAAUCACUGGCGAUUCUAUAGAAACAUAGCCGAUGAAUUCUGUAGAAGAAUCAAAGGUUUUAUAAAACUAUCGAUAUUUAAUUUCACUUUUACCAUAACAAUGCUUUCUCAUAUAUACAGAUCCUUGCAGACCACUAAACCAAAACAGUUAUUCCGAAGUUGAACCUAUAAUGUUUGAUAACAUUUUUAAUAAUAAUCUUGUAUAUACACGAUGAGAAAAGCAAUUCUAGAAAACGCAAAGUACAGCAGUUCUAAGGGUGGCUAUUCCUCCUCGACCACAUCGUCGGAUGGUCGCUACGAGGGGCGUAUGCGCGAUUCUCCAAAUGGUAACUCUUACAGUCCAGCAGGCAGCUUGGGAAUGGGCAUGGGGACGGACCGGGACAGCCCUCGGAAUUACACAUCCAAGCCUCUUUACAAGAAGGAGAGAGAAAAUAGAGACUAUAAAUUAUCCUCUUCUAGGGACAAGUAUUCCGAUUGUGCACGAUCCCCAAAAGACAAGAGAAGCCGUGAGAGCAGGGAUUCGGAACACAGGACCAACCAUGAUAGGAGUAGUGGGGAGAUCUUACAUCCCAUAAAAUUAUCAUCAAAUUCAUCAAGAGAAUCUUCAUCCCAGAGAAAACCAUCACAUAAUUCCUGUCAGGAUAAACGUGGUGAUGAGCGAGGAGGUGCAAUGGAACGUACAGCAAGGUUUGGAGAUUGGUCGGAACACAUGAGUUCAUCAGGAAAGAAGUAUUACUACAAUUGCAAGACAGAAGUUUCUCAGUGGGAAAAACCACGGGAGUGGAUCAAUCGGACUGAUAAUCGUCAACGCCAGUCUAGUGACUAUUCUUCUAGGUCAAGUCAUGAUAAACAUUCCAACUCGCGAUCGAAUAGCAGUAGCAGUGUGCGAGAUGGUAAAUCGUCGCGACAGUCUGACAAACGAGAAUACUGGAGCGCGUGUGGCGGGAGUAGCAGUAGCAGUAACAGGGAAGAUGCUUCAGCAAGGGAAAGGGAACGGGAAAAGGAACGAGAAAGGGAACGAGAACGCGAACGAGAAAGAGAAUCCUGUAGAGAGGAAGCUAGUGUGGAACGUCAGGCCCAGGAUAUGGAUAUCUCACCAGGCGAUUCCACACCUACUUCGGAACCCGUGACAUCAUCCUGCGCUCACGAUCCACUGCCACAGGGCCCUGUUCUCUUGGCCACUGCAUUACCUCGAUUAACAUCACAUCCACCGUCAACAACACCGCAGGCUGCUGGAAAACUUAGUUCGCCCACGCAACAACAGGGAAACAGUAACGCCCCAGGACCACCGGUGUCACUGGCAAAUCUCCCGAAACUUCUAUCGCAAAUCACCGGCAAUAAAGAACAACCAGAUAUCACUCCACAGAAAGCAUUACAGACAAUUCAAACAGCCAUCUUGCUAUCUCGACAACAGUCUGCUAGUGGAGACCGAAGUAAUAGUGGAAGUGAUGUGAUGGUUCCACUAAAAGUUGAUACAAGUGGCAAUAUUACCAGCGAGGGUCCACCUACUCCUACACAUUCAGAAACCCAGGAUUGCAUUGACGCGCGAAAAUUAACGAGUCCUGGGGGAACAAAUUCCGGAGUACAAGGGCUGAGUUCAUUGCAGAGUCUCAGUACACUAGGGUCCCUUGGGAAUUUAAGUAAUACAGGAGGUUUACAGGCAUUAUCUAGAGUGCAGCCUCCCCUAACACCUUCUUUAACACCAUCGCUCGCUAAUCAUUAUCGGGAAGAUUUGACGCAACAUGUGCGUGCCUUUCCCGCCGAUAUUCUCGAAAAACAGGCACAGAAACUUAGUGAGGAAGCACACACAAUGGGCAGUUUACAAUGUACGAGAGUGUCUGCAGAGUUGAAAACGGCACGAUCGAUAGUGAGGCUGACAGAAAUCCAGGCAACGUUGCAGGAACAAAGGAUAUUAUUCCUCCGUCAACAAAUUCGAACACUGGAGGAAUUAAAAUCCCAAAAUUCCUUCAUGUCUGAUGAUUCUUAGUGUAAGAAUCUUUAUAAAAUAAUUAUAAUUAAAAUCUAUAAUUCAAGCAAAAAUAAAACAUGAUUAUUAAUAUUCUCAUUAAUAUUGAAUAAUUAAGAUUGUACCUAAAUUAUAAUAUCGUAAUAGAAGUGAUAUAAUAGCAAAUGAACAUGGGCUGCUCAGAGAGGAUCGGCUGUUCCAGUUAACAGCCAAUGAGUCUUAACUAAUGAAUAAAUUUAUUAUUAGUGAAUCCACCUCUCUGAGAAGCACAGCAGGCCUAUCCAAGUCGCAAACACAACACUAAGUGAAUAGAAAAACGAAUCAAUUUUAUCAGUUCAAUGCAAACUGCUGAAUUGUAUAUCUGAAUUGUCCACAUCGUCUUGUAUUUACCUAUGUUAUACGUGUCAAUGUUUCAUAUCCCCAGAUUAAGCGGCAUUUUAACUAGUUGAAACAUUUUUGUUGUAAAUCUCGGAAUAAAAUUCGUGCCACAAGUUUUAAUACAGUUCUUUAUCGCCAUAGUCUCACUUACCUAAUCUCCCGAAUUCUUUUUUUGUUAAGAAUUAUUUUUAAAAAUUUACAUUAAAUACAUUAAAAAUACAAUAGGGAUUUAUAUGUUUUAUAUCCAGAUUUGUGUUCGAUCUCCAAUCAUUUUAUUACACAGGGUUUCUUGACAUAAUAGAAUGUAUCAUCGCUGAGCAUGUAUUGAUAUAUUGUUAUAUACAUGCUCUUCUAUUUACAUCAUGUAAUUAAAAAGUAUAUAGCAGUGAUGAAAUCUUUAGAUUAAAUAGCCAUCAUUUAACUCUUAACGUGUAAAUAGCAGAAUCAGAGUGAGUACUAUUAUUUGCGAAUGACAAAAUUUUAUGUAUGUCAAAUUUUUUGAGUUAGUAAGAACAUAUUAUUGUAUCAAAACUGUGGAUCUAAAAAAUAAACAUAUGCAUUUUUUAUAUUAC